AUGGAAGGGUGUGAGAUUACCUGGUCCUUAGGCCGCCAUUUGGAGACCAACCCACUUUCAGCAGGAAACAAGAUCACCACUAGCAAAUACACACUUAUAAACUUCCAACCCAAGAAUCUCUUCAUUCAGUUUCAUCAAGUGGCUUACAUAUACUUUUUAGCCAUUGCAACUCUCAAUCAGCUUCCUCCUCUUGUAGUCUUUGGAAGAACAGUCUCUCUUUUCCCUCUCCUUUUUAUUCUCACAGUAACUGCUAUAAAAGAUGGAUACGAGGAUUGGAGAAGACACAGAUCAGACAGAAAUGAGAACAACAAAGAAUCUCUUGUGACAAUCCCUUGUGACAUGGUGCUAAUGUGGAUAAGUGAUCCUAGUGGCAUUGCUUACAUACAAACCAUGAAUUUAGAUGGAGAGUCAAAUUUAAAGACACGUUAUGCUAGACAAGAAACAUCCUUAAUGCCAUUAGGGUCAAUAUCAGGGGUAAUUAGAUGUGAACAACCUAAUAGAAACAUAUAUGAGUUCACAGCUAAUAGAGUUAAAUGGUCAUAA